AUGGCCGAUCAGAGUGACGUCUGCAUUAUCCUUGUAUCCCUCGGUUUCCACCCCGAGAUUGACAGGAAGUUUUGCCGAUCCUCCGGCGCGGCUCUGCAGUCAGACGCCGCGAAGCCGCCCAUCCUUUUGCUUGCGGUCUAUAGCCAACAGGUCUUUAAAAUCCUCGAGGACUCGGUGGUUGUCGCCAUGGUCGUGACGGACCCCGACCUGGCCCUCGAGGAGCACGCCGACGUCUGGGACACCAUCGUGCGGUACACCCUCGCCGGCAGGUUCUGCGACGCUCCCACCUUCUCCCUGCCGCCCUUCUUUGCCCGCGCCGGCCUCCCGUGGAAGGCAGGCAGUUGGGUCGGCCCCAUCCUCGACUUGAACCACCUCGCCGUCAAUAUUGGCCUCGACCACCUCGCGCUUGCCCCCGCCGCACACAGCCCCGUCGUCGGCCCGAGCCCGGCCGACCGCCUGCCGCCUAGGUACAACUUUUUCUCCCACUUCCUCGCCAACGUCAAUGCCCAAGAGGCCUGGUACAUUCCCGCCGACCCCAUUCCCGAGCGCAGAUUCUUCGAGGAGAUCGAUGGAUACUGA